AUGGGACCGAAAACGAGAGAAGGUUACCGUGGCUUGGUUGCUCCAACCUCCAACAACGAGGGGUUGGGAGAAGAACAUUGCUCCCGCCCACGCAAUGAUCGAGGCAACGGCGUGGGUCGGCCGCCACAAGCACGGAAACAGCGUCGAGGUAACCGACAGGGAAAGGGCACUGGCCCUGUCAAGAUCUGGUGCUGCCCGAGCACGUCGGCGCUGCGCGAGGAGGCGUGUGCUAACCUAAAUGCGAUGACCAGACCGAGGCUGUGGCGAGAACAAGCACAACGGUCAGAGAAGCUGGACGCCGGGUAUCGUCAACUCGAGAGGCUCAGAGAAAGUUACAAGUCAGACCGAGAGCGGGGAGUUGCCGGCGGCAAGCGCCGCUUCCUGUCCUUGCUGCGAGAAGAGAUGAGCGAGGACCAGAGGGAACGGUGGAUGAAGCGCAGAGCGCUAAUGAGGGCUGACCGCUUCACGGUGGGGCAGAGGAGAGAACUGCGGGAGUGGUUUGACUGCCUGGACAAGGAUGGGUCAGGAGAGAUAGACUCAUCGGAGUUGUCUCAUCCGCUGCUCUGUACCGGCCUUGCGCGGAGCGCCCUGGAAGUAGGACGGCUGGUGCGGCAAGUGGACAAGGACGGAUCGGGGGAGAUAGGGUUUCACGAGUUCCUGGCCAUUCUCCAGCCCAAGGGGGCAACCGCCGGAAAGAGCGCCAUCGAUAAGAUAACCCAUCUCCAAGAUGUCAAAAAGGCGCAUGGUAGCGAUAUGCAGACCGUGGUGGCGAUAGAGCGGAGAUCAUUGCUCAUGAAAGAGAUCCUCGACGAAGCCGCGUUCAGGAGCUCUGCGCUGGAUGAUGUCGAGGAAAAGAGGUGCGGUCGAUUUCAACGACAAAGGGACCCUUGUGGGCAAGGAGGCUAG